AUGUCUGCACAAAACAGAUCCGUAAAUACGAGCAAGAGUAAGAACAAGAAGAAACUUGAUUCCACAGUUCAGUCUAAGAUAGAUACACUAAGAGAGUUGUUUCCUGAUUGGACUAGUGAAGAUUUAGUCGAUAUUGUUCAAGAAUUCGGUGACUUAGAGACUAUAAUUGAUAAGAUCACGUCUGGCGCAGUAACUAAAUGGGAUGAGGUAAAGAAACCUACUAAGAAGGAAAGAAAAGAACAAAACAUUAAUUCAUUUGCAUCAUCAUCAUAUAAUAACUACGAUAGUAGCAAUAUAAUCUCACAAGAUUAUGAGUCCUCUUUGCGUACUUUACCUAAACCGGAGGAUGAUUGGUCUCCUGCUACAGGUCAUACCUCCUCCUCAUCUAAUGCAUAUAAUAAGAAAAGAUCAACCAAUAAUAACAAUUCCACUCAUACUGGUGCAGGUGCAUCACAUCAUCAUCAUAAUAACAACAUUGCUGAUCAAAGAAAGAAAAACAGUAAGGCGAUUACUUUAGAUAAAGGCGCCGUGGGCAAAACCACUGGUAAUUUAUCUAAGCCCGUCUCACAUACUACUUCAUGGGCAUCUGCUGUAGCCAGUGAAAACUCUACACAUGGUAACCAAAGUCAUAAUACCGCUAUAAGGGAACAUCAUGAUGACACACAACUACCGGAAGAUCAAGAACAAGAUCAAGAACAAGCUCAAGAUCAAGAAGAUGAUCUUGACUCAAAUGAUAAAUCCAUUGCUCAGGUAGAAACAACUGCUAUUCCAAAGAAUGGCAAUGCUAAUUUACCAUCUUUGUCUUCAGGAGGCACCUCAAUUGCAUCGAGUGGCACGAAGAAGAUGUCGUGGGCAGCUAUUGCUACUCCAAAGACUAAAGCCCCUGCCAAAUCUGAAGCUUCAGGCGCAACAGAACCAGCACCAUCAUUAGAGAACCUGGACUCCCUAAAGAAUGAAAUCGAGAACGUUGAAAAUGAGGAAGAAAGUUCUGAAGAAGAAAAAGAAAGUUCUGAGGAAGAAGAAUCAUCCGAGGAAGAAGAAAGCUCUGAGGAAGAAGAAUCAUCCAGUGAAGAGGAAGAAUCAUCCAGUGAAGAAGAAGAAUCCUCAAGUGAAGAAGAAAAACAAGAAGAGGAAGAUGUCAAAGAGAUUAAGAAAGAAGUUAAGAUUAGUGAGGAAAAAACUGUCGAUGUCAAGGGUAACCCUGAAACUAUUAUCCAAGAGGCUGCUGUUCAAGUCACAGCUGAAAUUCCAGUUGCUGCCGUUACUGGCGAUGUCGCAACCCCAGUUGCUGGUGACGCUGCUGCUCAGCUACAAGCCCAAGCCCAAGCUCAAGCCCAAGCCCAUGCCCAAGCUCAAGCCCAGGCUCAAGCACAAGCUGCUCAACAACAACAAUACUACAUGUACCAAAACCAAUUUGGUUACAAUUACCCAGGCAUGUUUGACAACCAAUCCUAUGGCUUCAACCAAGCUAAUAACCAAAACAUGGGCAUGAACAACCAAUACAGCAACGCGCAACAUGGUGGUUUUGGUAACGCUUCUGCUGCUGCUGCUGGUGAACCUGGUACUGCUGGCGAUGCCUCAUCUGCUGCUGCCAACCCAUUAAUGAACAAUAUGAGUCAACAACAGCAGCAACAAAUGUACGGCAACUCUUUCAUGCCAUACUACAACCAUUUCUAUCAACAAUCUAUGCCAUACGCUCAACCUCAAUAUGGCGUCAAUGGCCAAUAUCCAUACCAAGUUCCAAAGAACAACUACAAUUACUAUGCUGGCCAACAACAACCACAAGUACAACCACAACAACCACCACAAGGCAACGGUGAAUCCCCAGCUGCCCCAGGUGCUACUUCCUCUGGUCAAACCCCAGGUCAAACCCCAGGUCAAUUGCAACAAGGCGAUGCAAACCAGCAACAAAUGAACAUGCAACAAAUCCAAUUGCAACAAUACUAUCAAUUCCAACAACAACAGCAACAACAACAGCAACAACAACAACAACAAGCUGCCGCCGCCGCCGCCGCUGCUGCUCAACAAGGUGUUCCAUAUGGUUACAACGGCUACGAUUACGGAAGUUCCACCACUGGUAACGGGAACCAACAACAAGGGUCCAGAGGUUUCUAUUAA